AUGGUAAGUAUCUACUACUCCAGCUCGACUCUGCCUGCCCAGCGUGUCAGCUCUCCUCUCACAGGGGGAGGGUCAGGGUCCGGUUCCCCUAGUAAGCUCCAGCGCCUGGGAUCAUCGUCAGACACGCAAGGCUACUCGACCACUCAGCGCCUGCCCUCCGCCUCCUCCCCCAACAAGCAGUCCCCCGCUAACCGCCUGGCCAAGUCUUACAGCACUUCAGUGGACGGGGGUGGGUCUCCCCUAAGGGUGGCAUCUCCCCCCUCCAACUCACCUGCAUCAGGGGGAGGGGCCAGUUCAUCAUCCCCACUUCACCAGAUGAGUUCGGGCAUAGGGAGCUAUGCCACUCUGUCUCCUAAGCGGCUGGCAGCUCACCACGCCUCUGACCAGUAUAAGAUUUCCCAUGAGCUCUACGCUUCGGCCACACUGCAGCGACCUGGGAGUCUGGCAGGUUCUCGCGGCUCUUACAGCAGUCAGCACAGUCAGGAGCCCCUCAGGCCUUUAGGGUCCCCAGAACACCACAUAGACCCCAUCUAUGAAGAGCGUGUGUACCACAACAAGGGCCCUAUGAGGAGUCUUAGCCAGAGCCAGGGUCCUGACUCUGGCCCCUACCGCAACAACACCGCUCCCUCCUCCCCGGGUGUGGACUCCGCCCCUUUACAGCGUACAGGAAGCCAUGGCAACGCCCCGGGAAACUACAGCCGUGGGACCAACAACUAUGCCACCGUGGGACCAGGCUACACCUCCAGCGUGAGCAGCAGCGAUGUCUACGGCUCGGAUCCCUACGUGGCGGACCCCUACCGGACCCUCCAGUACUGCCCCUCUGUGGUGGAAUCGCCCUAUAGCAAGUCAGGGCCCGCUCUGCCGCCCGAGGGAAGCCUGCAGCGCUCGCCUUCCAUCGACUCCAUCCAGAAAGAUCCCAGAUGA